AUGAUGACAAAUUUUCAGGACAUUUGCCCCAAUUAUAAGCCGAAUCCGUUUAAAAAGGAGAGCUCAAAUAUCAUGCUCGGUUUUCGCCUCACGCCUCUGCAGGCUCGGCACUACCGGUAUAGCGUGUGGGCAAGCGACUGGUAUCAAGUAUACCACAAACUGUUCGGGCAUGUUGCAAUCGUGGACCUUGAAGUUCUUACAGCUACGGCACCAAACGAGGAUCUAUGGCUGCGACUACUGAGGACGCCAUCGCAUUUGACGUUGUCUGGGCCCUACGACGCAGUAGAAGCAGAGUACCACAAAUCGUUGGCGUUUCCACAUGUGGCGGACAAGGUCACCUGCAAAAUCGAAGAUGGGUUGACACCGAAUAUACGUGCCGAAGAUCUGAUCGAGAAGUUACUAGCGCGUCACCGUUAUGUCCACCUGGAACUUACACAACGCGAGCAAAACCAUUUGCUGCACGUGCAUGGGAGUAGCGAGCGGAUCCUGAGAUUUCUACUUUACCAGCUUCGCAAGGGCUUCACGACGACAAAGUGCAUCUUCUACCUGAAAUUUAGCGGAUUCGGCGCGGACUUUACCCCACAACAAGUCGAGCAGGGAUGUGGUCUCCGCUUGACGUGUAGACCAGAAUUUAUCUCGGUGUCUUCCUUCUGCGUCGGCGUCGAUCUCUUUUGCCUCCUGUUCUGGCUGGACGAUUAUCGCGACAGGCAGCCUCGGCACUACCGGUAUAGCGUGUGGGCAAGCAACUGGUAUCAAGUAUACCAAAAACUGUUCGGGCAUGUUGCAAUCGUGGACCUCGAAGUUCGUACAGCUACGGCACCAAACGAGGAUCUAUGGCUGCGACUACUGAGGACGCCAUCGCAUCUGCAGUUGUUAGGACCCUUCUCCGAAGUAGCAGAAGCCUACCACAAAUCGAUGGAGGUACCAGAGGUGGCGAACAGGGUAACCUGCGAAAUCGACCAUGGGUUGACGCCGAAUAUGCCAGUCGAAAACCUGAUGGAGAAGUUACUAUGGCGCCACAAUUUCGUCCACCUGAAGCUCAAACAAACUGAGCCAGCAGAUUUACUGCACGUGCGCGGGAGUAGCGAACGCAUCAUCAGAUGUCUACUUUCCCAGCAUCGCAAGGGCUUUGCGUCGACAAAGCGCAUCUUCCACCUCGAAUUUAGCGGGCUCCACGGGCUUUUUCAAGACGACGCGAAGCAGGUUUACACGCCUGAACUAUUUGCGCCCCAGUUGAAGAUGCUGCUCAAGCCUGCCGACGUCAAGAACACGCUGAUGUACGCUGGAUCGACUUUAGGAAACGGGAAUCUCUUCUGGUGCGGUAGACACGAAGCGAUCUCGGCGUCUUUCUAUACUGCCGGCAAGCGCUUUCAGCUCGGCUUCUGCUUGGCCGACUUUCAUCUAACUCGGAAGCCUCGGAACUAUAUGUACUCCGCAUAUACAAGUGACUGGUAUCUAGUAUUCCACAAACUUUUCGCGCAUGUUGCAACCGUGGACAUCGAAGUUUCUGCAACUUCGGGGCCGGCCGACGACCUAUGGCUGCGACUACUGAGGACACCGUCGCAUCUGAAGUUGUCCGGUUCCGUCAUGCCCCCCAGAAGAGCUUUCGGCCAAAUAGCAGCAGCCUACUACAAGACUUUGCAAGUUCCAGAGGUGGCGAACAAGCUACUAUGGCGUCACAAUUUCGUCCACCUGAAGCUCAAACAAACUGAGCCAGAAGACUUGGUGCAUGUGCGCGGGAGCAGCGAACGCAUCAUCAGAUGCCUGCUUUCCCAGAAGCCGGCCGACGACCUAUGGCUGCGACUACUGCGGACACCGUCGCAUCUGAAGUUGUCCGGUUCCGUCAUGCCCCCCAGAAGAGCUUUCGGCCAAAUAGCAGCAGCCUACUACAAGACUUUGCAAGUUCCAGAGGUGGCGAACAAGCGUCGCAAGGGCUUUGCGUCGACAAAGCUGAUCUUCUACCUGGAGUUUUGCGGACUCGUGGGACGUUUUCCCCGAGAAGAGGCUCGGCUGAAGGUACCCAUCAUUUCUAGUCAUGGUAUCGGAGGCCGGCACUAUACGUUGCACGCCUAUACGCACGACUGGUAUCGAAUCUUCCACAAGCUUUUCGCGCAUGUUUCAACCUUCGACAUCCGCGUUUAUAUGUACAAGGCGUCGAGCCAAGAUCUAUGGCUGCGGCUGCUGCGGGCACCUUCGCAUUUGACGUUGUCUGGGCCCUACGACGCAGUAGAAGCAGAGUACCACAAAUCGUUGGCGUUUCCAAAUGUGGCGGACAAGGUCACCUGCAAAAUCGAAGAUGGGUUGACACCGAAUAUACGUGCCGAAGAUCUGAUCGAGAAGUUGCAAGCGCGUCACCGUUUUGUCCACCUGGAACUUAUACAACGCGAGCAAGAAGAUUUGCUACACGUUCAUGGGAGUAGCGAACGGAUCCUGAGAUUUCUACUUUCACAGCAUCGCAAAGGCUUCACGACGACAAAGCGCAUCUUCUACCUGGAAUUUAGCGGACUCGGGGCGGGCUUUACCCGACAACAGGCUGAGCAGGUGCGUGCAAUCAGCAGCGGCAAA